GUGAGAAGAAGGGUUGACAGUUUUUCAUAGCGAACGGCAAAAGCAACAUUAGAGAUGAGUUUGUGUGAUAUUUUAUCAGAGAUCGACUGUGGAGAUGAUGAGGGAGUUGAAAAGCUUUUGCAGAAGUAUAACAAAGAGAACGUCCGCACAUUUGCCUUUGACCACAAAGAAGAGGAUGGGAGAAUUAAGUUGUGUCAGGGCUUGCUCACAGUGCUCAGGCGGCCUGUUCGGCCACUUUGCCAAAGCACCUGCCUGGAGACCCUGCGCAUCCUGUCCAGAGAUAAGCAUGUCCUGGGACCCGUAGGGACUAGAGAGGGCAUCCUCACCCUGGCAGAGCUGGCCCAGAUCCAUGCAACAGGGGGGGAUGGAGAGCCAUUGCAGGAGGCGCAGUCCGCUGACGAGGAGAGUGUUGUAGUGGAGGCCCUCAAGUGUCUGUGUAAUGUCGUGUUCAACAGUAUGGCAGCACAGAAUGUGUGUGCAGACAUGCAACUGGCAGAGGGCCUGUGUGCCCGGUUACAUUCCGUCAGCUCUGCCCAUCAUGAGGUGGGCUUGUUCUCCCUCCGGCUGCUCUUUCUGCUCGCCGCCCUGCGGACAGAUAUACGUGACACACUGCGGAAAGAGGUGGGUGCAGUGAGGUUGCUCACCAAUGUGCUGGAACGUAUCUUGGAUGUGUGCUGGGUGGGGCCGUAUGAAGCCAUGCCUCCUGACCCACAGGCCCCACCCAUAUCUCUAGAAAACAAUGAGCAUGCCAUUGAAGUCCUUAAAGCUCUGUUCAACAUCACUAUGUCUGAUUCCAGUGAAAAGGACAAUGACCACCAGCUUCGACUCAUUAUAGGCAUCAUGCGACAUCUCCUGAUGCUGAAGACACAGACUGAAGAUAAAACAGAGGAAGCUCACAGUAAUGCCAUAAACCUCCUGAGUAACCUCCCAGUACAGUGCCUGGAUGUUCUGAUAGAUGUCCCUGUCCAAGGUGGGCUGAAAAAGUAUGGUGGGAAAAAUAUGGAUGUGGUGCAGUUGCUGCUGGAUUUUAUGGAGAGGAGAAUAGACAAGGGUUCCAACUACAAAGAAGGGUUGACACCAGUGCUGAGCUUGAUGACGGAGAGCUCUAGACACCACAGGGAAAUCCGCAGAUACCUCAAGGCCAAGGUGUUGCCUCCCCUGAAGGAUGUGAAGGAGAGGCCAGAAGUCGGCUGUACAAUUCGGAACAAACUGGUGCGUCUCAUGACUCAUAUAGACUUUGGAGUGAAACAGGGGGCUGCAGAAUUUCUUAGUGUCCUCUGCAAAGAGAGCCUUGACAAUCUGUUGAAAUACACUGGCUAUGGUAAUGCCGCGGGGCUGUUAACAACGCGGGUUUUACUGGCCAGAGGCAGAGGUGAGACACAGUACUCUUCUGAUGAAGAAUCUGACACCGAGGAGUACAAGACAGCCAAACCAUUCAUUAACCCCAUCACUGGUCACUUUGAGUGCCCAAUGCCCAACACCAUGGAGGAGAUGACAGAGGAGCAGAAGGAAUAUGAAGCCAAUAGACUUGUCAAUAUGAGCGAUGAAUUAUCAAGACCUGAUCAGGCCAAUGGGAGUGAGGAAGAAUGGCAUGCUAGCGCCCCUAGGAGAGAAUAUCCAUGGGUGCAGUCUUCCACCCAGCAGCGACACAGAAACAGGAGCUCUUCACUGAAACCCUUCAGGCCAAGCCUGCUGAUGAAAGGCAACACAAACUGUCGCAGUCUCGCAUGCAAACUAUUCCAUGCAUUGGGGAUACUUUGAUUAUUUUCUGCUGCAAUUAUGCCUUUGUUGCGCAAGGAUAUCUUUCUAAUAGGGAUGUUAGAGAAACAGAAAUUGUUUUAAUAGAUAUCUGAUUUAAUAUUAAAGAAAGCUGAUUGCAAAGAGAUUCUGAUGUUAUGAGACUUAAAAAUGAGUUACUGUUUUGGUUUAUCUAGAUUCAUAUUUAUUAAACAUUGCAGUCUGUGGCUCAGAGGACUUGUGUAACUGUACGUCAGAACUAUUGCUGCUUCACAGAUCUUCCUAAGAAACCUGUUUCAAAGUACAGGUACAUGUCUUAUAAAAUGUUGAAUGCCAAGACAAGCCAUGUAAUAAUUUACAUUGAGAUAUUUUGUUUACUAAAUACAUUCUUACAUAAUAAGUGCAUUAAAAACGUCCAGUUAUUUUUUUCUCAACCCGGGAUGCCUGGUGUUUCAAACAAUUCUCUGGUCUAAUGUUUUGUUAUUUUUAUACCUAAUUUUCUAUAUUCUUGUGUUUGUUUGUUUUUUUCAUCUUUUGUUUAAAGCUGUUUAUUGAGGUGUAAUUAGUAUGCAGAAUGUAUAGCUUUUCAGCCUUUUUCUGUGCUUGAUUUUAAAGGCUUUGUGAAUAACAGAAUACCUUUUUUAAGAGCCUGGACUCAUUGUAUAAUGUAACCACUAUAAUGUCAAUGGAAUUAAGGGGUUUUGUAAAACUUUGUUUAUAUUGUAUAUUUUUCACUCAACUUUUGAAUAUAGGUUCUCUUGAUUUUCCUUGUCCUGCAGACAAUCAUUUGCAAUAAAACAGAA